AUGGCUGAUGAGGAAAGCAUUCAUAAUCUCACUGCUCCUAGAAACUUGUUGCAAACUGCCUUGCACAAUUCACAAGCUAUUACCUCUGCACUUGACAAAACUGCACCCAGAUUGGAGCGGAUUAACCAGAGACUGCCAUCUCUCGAAGCAUCCUCAGCACAUGCAUUCGUUGCAUUCGUGGACCACAUUGAUCAUGCCAUUUCCCUUGCCGCUGCUGUUCUUAAAGUCUUCACUUCUGUCUCUGAACUUUACAAGUCACUCUUGUCACAGCCAUAUUCCGAUCUUUUACCUUAUCUCUCUCUCGUUAAACAACUUGAAGAAGCAUUAAAGCUCCUCGCUGAUAGCUGCAGCCUUGCAAUUCAGUGGUUGGAAGACAUUGUUCAAUUCAUACAAGAUAGAAGUAUAGCAGACGAUUGGUAUAUCUUAAAUGUGUACAAGUGCUUAAGAAUUUUGGAAGCUUUGCAGGCGAUUAGUGGCCAAGCUCGUGUAAAUGGAGGAUUUCUGGAUUCUGCAUUUGACAAACUAGAAGUUGAAUUUAAGCAAUUAUUGACAGAUGGAGGCAUUUGCCCUUCUGUAACUUCUUUGUCAUGCUACACCUCAGAGCAAGCUUGCAACAGUCUCGUCUUGCCAGUGACUAUUCUGCAGAAGUUGCAACUCAUCGUUGAGAGAUUAAAUGCUAACAACAAGCUAAACAAUUGCAUAUCUCUUUUUGUCCAAGUUCGGAGUUUGAAUGCUAGAAAAUGUUUAGAUGCUUUUGAUUUGGAUUACCUUGAGAAAUCAAUCAUAGAAUUUGACAAUAUCCAGGACACUGAUGAUUACCUGGAUAAAUGGAGUAGGUGUUUCGAGAUCGCAAUAAAGCAUGUUUUCAGGCUUGAGCACAGGCUUUGUGAGGAAGUUUUUAAGAAGGCUGAAUCAGAUGUUUGGUUAGGUUGUUUUGCAAAGAUAGCUUCCCAAUCUGGGAUUGUUUCUCUUCUCCAAUUUGGAACUAAUUUCACAAAGGGUAAGAAGGAUAUAGCUAAGCUUCUGAAGCUGUUAGACAUUUUUGCUGUUUUGGAUAAGCUUAGAGAAGACUUCAACCAUCUUUUUGGCAGCAAAAUCUGUGCAGAGAUUCAAA